CUGCCGCGCACGCGUCAUUGCCGGCGCGCGGGCGCUCUAGCCGGUUGCGGUUGCUGUUGAUGGUGUUGUGGUGGGGGUGUCAUGGCUGCCGCCGAGGUGGCAGAAGCAGGAGCCUCUGGGACGAGCCGCUGAGUUGGCUAGUGCUGGGAGGAUGUGUGCGGCGCUGGCAGAGGGGUCACCGAGACCUCUUUGCUGAGUUGGCAGCAGGAGCCUUGACCCUCCCUAGCGAGGGGAAGGGAGCAGGAGGAGGUGAUCGCCCCUGUUCCCGCUGGAGCCAGCUGCCAGCUGUGCUGGCCGCCUGCCCGGCGCGGGGCUAACUGAGCAGCGGUGAUGGCGUCGUGGUUGGGCGGGCUGGGCUCGGGGCUGGGUCAGUCCCUGGGGCAGGUGGGGGGCAGCCUGUCUUCGCUCACAGGCCAGAUCUCCAGUUUCACCAAGGACAUUCUGCUGGAGGGCACGGAGGAGGUGGGCGAUGCAGCAACAGAACUCCAAGUGUCCAAUUCUAGACUCAGAGAAAUAGAAAGUAUUAAUGCAGCACAAAAGCUUGAAAAUGAGAGACUGAAAAAAGUUUGUAGUGAUUUAGAAGAAAAGCAUGAAGCAGCAGAACUUCAAAUAAAGCAGCUAUCUAUAGAGUACCGAAAUCAGCUUCAACAGAAAGAGGUGGAAAUCAGCCAUUUAAAAGCUAGACAGAAUGCACUGCAGGAGCAGCUGCAGAAAGUACAGAAGGCUGCUCAGUCAGCACAGCUGGGAGCUGGUGUUUUACCACCAGCCACUACAUCAGCUUCAUAUGUUCCAGUGGUCAGACAUGCCUCAAAUUUUGAAGGAUAUGACAUGGAUUUUGGAGACGUAAUCUGGUCACAGCAAGAAAUAAACAGAUUGUCCAAUGAAGUUUCUAGGCUUGAAUCUGAGGUUGACCACUGGAAGCAGAUUGCACUGUCUUCCAAAGUGCAAGGGACAAAUGAUGCUGAACAAAGUGAAAUAUGCAAACUGCAAAAUAUUGUUAAGGAGCUCAAACAGAAUUUAAGUCAAGAAAUAGAUGAACAUCAACAUGAACUUUCAGUGUUGCAGGAUGCACACAAGCAAAAGCUAGUAGAGAUAACUCGUCGACACCGAGAAGAGCUGAGUGAAUAUGAAGAGCGAAUUGAAGAACUUGAGAAUCAGUUACAGCAAGAUGGUGUGAGCACUGAUGCCGUGGGUGCCUCUGAAAUUAGUGAACAGAAAAAAAAUGCUCGGAGUCUAGAAGGAGGAAAAAUAGAAGAGUUGGAGAUUGUAAAGGACCAAGAGGAUGAAAUAAGAAAAUUAAAUCACAAAUUGUCUUCUGCUAAAGAAGAAAACAGAAUUCUUCUGAAAGAGCAAGAAUUGGCAAAAGUAGAAAAGAUCCAAAUAAUGCAAGAAUAUGAAAAUCUUAAGUCUGAAUUUAGCAGGCUUCAAAGUGCUGCUGCAGAGCAAGAUGCCCUCCUGAAAGAACAAGACAAGAAGCUCCAAUCAAAAAUGUCAUUACCAGAGGAUAUUGUCAGACUACAGCAAGCGCUGUUAGAAGCAGAAAAUGAAAUAGCAAGGCUUUCAAGUUUAAAUCAGAAAGGACUUGAGAAGGAACUGACAAGUUCAGAAGAUAAAAAUGCGAAUAUUCUUUCUGCAUAUGCUGAGGAUCAGAAUUCAGAAUUAAGUCAGUUAAGACAAUAUUUGGAAAGGAAAGAACAUGAAUUAAAUGAAAGUAUUGCUGAAAGAGAAACAUUAAUAGUGGAGCUGGAAGAACUAGACAAGCAGAAUCAAGAAGCUACUCAGCAUGUGAUUACACUGAAAGAGCAGCUGUCAAAGCAGCACAUGGAAACUGAUAGUAUCAUCAACCAGCUGAAAUUUGACUUAGAAUUUGAAAGAAAUAAAUUAUCAGAAUUAGAAAUGGAGAAGAUGGAAACUAUUAAGGAGUUAGAUAUUCAGAAAGAAAAACUAAGCCAAUGUUCAUAUGCACUUAAUGAUUUGCAUAUAAGUAAGCAGCAGCUUCAAGAUAAUAUUAAAGAGCUUCAGGAACAAUUAAGGAAAGCCCAGGACUGUAAUUUUCAUCACAAAAAAGAGUUUGGAGAAUUGCAGCAGAGGCUAAAAGAAAGAGAGGAGGAAGUUUCUGUAUCUUUGAGCAAGCUAACAGAAAAAAGUAACCAGGAAUCUAACUACACUUGUCAAGAUCUGAUUCUGAAAGAAAGAGAAGUAGAAAUUGCAAAACUACAGAAUGACAUUUCAGAAAAUAAACAACUGAAUGAAGAAUUAAAGAAAUCUCUGUCAGAUCUCAGAGCAGAAAAUGGAAAGCUGGUGGCAUCCACCGAAAAACUAAAACAGGAGUUAAAUAGUGCCAUUUCUGAGAAAAAUAAAGUUUACUUGGAAAAAGACACUGUUGUGGAGGCCUUGAAAAUGGAAAAAAGACAGUUGGAGAGUGAAUUAAACCAGGCAGAGAAGAGGCUUUUGGAACAAGCACAUAAGUAUAAGCAGACUAUUGAGGAAUUAUCACAAGCACGGAGUAUGGAUACCAGUGCCUUGCAGCUUGAACAUGAGCGCCUAGUUAAAUGCAAUCAAGAGAAAGACUUUAAGAUUGCUGAACUUAAAAGGAGCAUUGAGCAGAUGGAAACUGACCAUCAAGAAACAAAAGAAAUGUUGACUGCUAGCUUAGGAGGACAAAAGCAGUUGACAGAACUCAUUAAAGAAAAGGAGAUAUUUAUUGAAAAAUUUAAAAAUCAAGCCUUACAAGUGAAGCAAGAACUUGAGGAAUAUAUGAAAGCUUCAAAAAAGCAGGAUGUCUUAAAACACAGCUUGGAGGAAAAAGACAGAAGUCUUGCAGUCAUGAAGGAGGAAAAUAACCAUUUGAAAGAAGAACUUGAACGCCUUAAGGAUCAGCAAAGCAGAUCUGUGCCUGUGGUUGAGCCUAAAACUUUAGAUAUUAUUAUUGAACUUGAAAGUGAGGUAACACAGUUAAAAGUAAUAAAGAAUAAUCUUGAAGAAGAAAUAGAAGUUCUCAAAAAAACAAUAGAAGAUCAGAACCAAACAACAGUGCAACUUCAGGAGUCUUUGCAGGAGCAAAGAAAGGAAAUAGAUGAGUCUAAAUUUCAGUGUGAGCAAAUGAAUGUCACACAUGAAAGACUUUCUUUAGAGAAAGAUGAGGAGAUUAAAAAUUUACAGAAAACAAUUGAACAAAUUAGAACUCAGUUGCACAAAGAGAGACAAAUUAUUCAGACUGAUUCCUCUGAUCUCUUUCAGGAAACCAAAGUUCAGACUCUUAAUGGAGAAAAUGGAAAUGAAAAGCAUGACUUAUCUAAAGCUGAGAUUGAAAGACUGGUAAAAGGUAUCAAAGAAAGGGAGAUGGAGAUUAAGCUUCUAAAUGAAAAGAAUGUUUCUCUAAGUCAACAAAUUGAUCAGUUGUCUAAGGAUGAAGUUGGCAAACUUACUCGUAUAAUUCAAGAGAAAGAUUUAGAAAUACAAGCUCUCAAUGCUAGAGUUUCCUCAGCUUCCUCUAGGCAGGAUGUUCUUUGUCUUCAGCAGCAGCUGCAAGCUUAUGUUCUGGAAAGAGAGCAAGUACUAGCAGUUCUAAGUGAAAAGACAAGAGAAAACAGCCAGUUAAAAACAGAGUAUCGUAAUAUCAUGGAUAUGGUUGCUGCUAAAGAAGCAGCUUUGGUAAGGUUGCAAGAGGAGAAUAAAAAGUUAUCUGAUAGAUCUGAAAACAGCAGUCAAGACAUGUCUAGAGAAACUAUUCAGAAUUUAUCCCGUAUCAUUCGAGAAAAAGAUAUCGAAAUAGAUGCUCUAAGUCAAAAAUGUCAAACCUUAUUGACUGUUUUGCAGACAUCCAGUACAGGUACUGAUAACGGAUCAGGAGGUGUUAACAGUAACCAGUUUGAGGAACUUCUACAAGAACGCGAUAAAUUAAAACAGCAAGUAAAGAAGAUGGAGGAGUGGAAGCAACAAGUAAUAACCACAGUUCAGAACAUGCAGCAUGAGUCAGCGCAUCUCCAAGAAGAGUUACACAAGCUUCAAGCACAAAUUUCAGUUGAAAGUGAUAGUAAUUCAAAGUUGCAGGUGGAUUAUAAUGGCUUGAUUCAGAGUUACGAACAGAAUGAGAAAAAGCUGAAAAGUUUUAGUAAGGAAUUAGCACAAGUUCAACACAGCAUAGGACAGCUUUAUAACACCAAGGAUCUUCUCCUAAGUAAACUUGAUUUGGUAACACCAUCUGUGACAAUGGCUUCCACUGUUUCACAGCUUUCAGGCAUACAGCACAGUGGUCCGGAGCUACUCAGUGACGAGGCUAAACUCCUUCAAAAUGAGUUGGAACAACUGAAACAAAAGUUGCAAGAGAAAGAUUCAACUAUCAGAACUCUUCAGGAAAACAAUCAACGACUAUCUGAUUCUGUGGCUACAGCAUCAGAGAUUGAAAGAAAGAAUCAAGAAGGAACUGAGUCGGAGAUGAGGCAGAUCAAAGAAAAACAUGAUGUCUUACAGAAAUCACUUAGGGAAAAAGACAUAUUAAUUAAAUCUAAAAGUGACCAGUUACUUUCUGUCAGUGAAAAUCUUAGUAAUAAAGAGAAUGAAAAUGAGCUUUUGAAGCAAGCUGUGACUAAUCUUAAAGAACGAAAUUUGAUUUUAGAAAUGGAUAUUAGAAAACUGAAAGAAGAAAAUGAAAAAAUAGUUACACAGUCUAGGGAAAAAGAAACAGAAUUCCGAGCACUUCAGGAGACUAAUAUGCAAUUUUCAAUGAUGCUGAAAGAGAAAGAGUUUGAGUCUCACUCAAUGAAGGAAAAAGCUCUUGCUUUUGAGAAGCUGCUGAAAGAAAAAGAACAGGGCAAGACAGGAGAAUUGAAUCAACUGUUAAAUGAAGUUAAAUCAAUGCAGGAAAAGGCUGUUACUUUUCAGCAAGAAAGAGACCAAGUCAUGGUAGCACUCAAACAGAAGCAAAUGGAGAGCAGUGCCCUGCAGAGUGAGUUACAGCAUUUGCGUGAGAAAGAGCAGCGCCUAAAGCAGGAGCUGGAGAGGUUACGCAAUCACCUUCUAGAGAUGGAAGACUCCUACACUCGAGAAGCUUUAGCUGCGGAAGACAGAGAGGUCAAGCUAAGAAAGAAAGUUUUGACUUUGGAAGAAAAGCUUGUGUCCUCAUCUACUGCGGUGGAGAAUGCCAGUCAUCAAGCUAGUCUGCAAGUUGAAUCUUUGCAAGAGCAAUUAAACCUGGUUUCCAAGCAGAGAGAUGAAACUAUGCUACAGCUCACCAUCUCACAAGACCAAGUGAAGCAGUAUGCAUUGUCACUAGCCAACCUGCAGAUGGUACUAGAGCAAUUCCAACAGGAAGAAAAAGCUAUGUAUUCAGCAGAGCUGGAGAAACACAAAAAACAGGCUGAAGAAUGGAGGAAAAAAGCAGAAAACUUAGAAGAAAAAGUUGUGUCUCUACAGGAAAGUUUAGGAGAGGCAAAUGCUGCAUUGGAUGCAGCAUCAAGGCUUACUGAGCAGCUUGACAUCAAAGAGGAGGAGAUUGAACACCUUAAGAAGGAAGGUGAGAUCAGAAGAGAAAUGUUAGAAGAUGUCCAAAAUAAACUAAUGAAUCUUAUGAACAGCACAGAAGGAAAAGUGGACAAGCUCCUGAUGAGAAAUCUCUUUGUUGGACAUUUUCAUACUCCAAAAAAUAAGCGUCCUGAAGUGCUAAGGUUAAUGGGCAGUAUCUUGGGAAUAAAAAGGGAAGAACUUGAUCAGUUAUUAUCUGAAGACCAAAGAGGAGUUACAAGAUGGGUCACUGGCUGGCUUGGUGGAGGAGCUGGGUCAAAGAGCGUCCCUAGCACACCUUUGAGGCCAACUCAUCAGAACAUUUUUAAUAGUUCUUUUUCAGAAUUGUUUGUGAAAUUCCUCGAAACAGAAUCUUGCCCAAGCCUUCCUCCACCGAAGCUGUCUGUUCCUGAUAUGAAACUUUUAGGAGCAGCAGGAGCUGGUAAAACUAUCAGUACUCCAUCCAAUGUUCAAAUGCAAGAUUCUGCAGUCUCAGUAGUGGGCAGGAGACCAGACACAAAUCCAUUUUUAGCACCUCGAUCUGCAGCAGUGCCUCUCAUAACACCUGCCAGCAGUUCUGGACAUCUGCUUAUGAAACCUAUUUCUGAUGCACUGCCCACUUUCACACCACUGCCAGUGUCCCCUGAUGCCAGUGCUGGUGCUGUACUAAAAGACCUUCUGAAACAGUAGAUAAUCUUGUACCAAUAUGAUGAUAGUAGCACUUUAAGGAAAAUGAGAACACUAUGAUGUAUAUAAUUUACCACAAUGAGGCCUUCUGUAAAAAGUCACAUACUUGUAUCUAGCUUUUCUUUUAAUUACAAACUAACCAGUGUUUUGGAAAUUCUAAUGGUCGCAUGAAUAGCUGCCUUCUUUAUAGUAGGAGUUCAUUUUGGGUGUGGGUUAAAUGUUAAAAUGAGAAAAAAAAAAUCCAUCUUGUUGCUAGAUUGUCAGAAGACAAGUAGAAGGACAUUUAAACCUUAAUUAUACUCUAAGUUCUUUCAGUUAUGCAUAGACAGCGUUAACUCUUUGGUGUUGAGAUUUUUUUUUCCAUUAAAAUGAUCUUCCACUGACAGUGGCCUUCAAGACCACAAUUAAAAAAAAAUAGUCUUCAGCCAAAAUUGGUCACAUCUGGGGGCAAUUUGAGACAUCUUAAUCUCAUUUUGCGCAACUGUUUCAUUUCUCCUCCCCUUUUCCCCACCCCAGACAAAUGGCUGCUUUCAGCAGUCAAACCCAUCAGCACCAAGGAGUUAAUUGUGGAAGUGACUGCUUCAUUUUCUAGAGGUGUCCGUGUGAUGAAGAGUGGGUAACUUAGCAAAAGAUAGGUUCACAUAUAUAAAGACAUUGUACUGUAAUAAUCUGAGAUGUAUAUUUGAAAGACUUUUAUCUUGCGGGAUUUUGUAAAUCCAAAUAUAGGCUUAAAGCUUGAACACAUGUAUAGAAUUUAAAGGGAAGAAGAUGCUUACUUAUCUCAAAUGUUUGAAUAGGUCUUUGUAAGACCAAGACCAAAGGCAAUUAUUCUGUAAAUUUUGCUGUGAUCACUUGUAUACUGUGUUUGGCAGGUAAAGAAUGAAGUUGCAUACUAAAGGAUAAAAGUCAUCUUCAAAGUGAAUCUGAAAUACAACAUCUUCCAUUUAAAAUGUGUAAUUUCUAAAUCUUUUUGUAUGUCAUUCCUUGUUCAGUCAGUGUUAAGGUAACUGUUGUGCAAGUUCUAUAUUAGAACUGUCAAACUUCUCAUUUUCAUUAAGAUUCUGGAUUAAAUAGUUGUAACAGUUAUAUUUAAAUAAAAUCAAUUACUGAAACUUGUACAGAAUCAACCAAAAUAAUGCAGAAAGUCUUUGCAUUGUAGAGGUCAAGUAGUGAUUUUCUUUUGCUGCCUUGAAAUCUAGCAGAGAUUUUUAAUUACUGUAUUUACCUUAAGAACUGCUUGAGUUGCUUGUCUUCAGUAUGACUAGAAGACUACAUGAAGUUGGAAGUGGAUUGACCAUAUUGAAUUUUUAUUUGAAAGUUUUUACUUCAUUAUAGACAGUUUGGCAGUUAAGUUUCUGGAAGGAUAGCAGCUGCACAUGGUAUACCAAAGUAAGUUCUGAAUUGUGUAAUAAAUGUAACGUGGAUUUGAAAUUACCUUGGCUGAGAACAUUCCAGUUUGGUACUUCAGAUGUACCUCAUCAUUUAAACUGGAAUGAUAUAGGUACUUUUUUUUUUCUGUAACAAAUACAAAGAAAACUGAAAUCUGGUGGCUUUUGUGCAGUCUCUCGUCUUGUAAUCAUAUCUGUUUAAAGAUAGGUAUACAUAUAUGUAUAUAUAUAUAACAGCUUCAGAAUAAAAUCACCUUUUGGUGAGCCAAAGCAGAAAGAAAUGUUUAGUUUUUAAGAACUAUGUGACGUACAGUAUGAAUUACAAAUGGACUCAUGUUGCUCACUAUCCUCUGAAUGUACUAACUGAGCAGAUCUUUAUUGUGCAGAUUUUUUCUUUAGUUGCUGAGGAUUUGAUAUGUACAAGUUUCUCUUCCAGGAAGCUCUAGAAAUGCCAGUAAAUGAAGUGUAGACCUUUUUUUUUUUUUCUGCCUGCUGUAAAUCAGCUCUAUUUAUUUAGUAAGCUAUGAGGAGGGAAAUCUAAAACCAAGAAAGGUAUUGUAGAACUUCAGUUACUCAUUAAGCUACUUCCUUAAGUCCUAGGUGGUCUAUUGAGCUAUGGGGAAAAUUCCCAUGGCUUAAGAGGUUUCUGUUCUAGGGAUGCUUAUGUUAUAACUAAAUUGCUGGGUCUUGUUGCUUUGUUAGAAAUCAAAUGUGCUCUGUGUUCUAGGCAGUACUUUUGCAUUGAAUAGUGUAGAACAACUUCAGUGCCUUGUUGGUCCUUAGACUGUGUCACAGAUUAUUCUAAACUUUCAAGAUUUGUUUUUAUUGAAAGAUUAGCAGAUAUAUUUUUUCCUCUAAUUUUUCUUAGUGUUUACUUUGUGCUUGAUAACUGUUUCAUAUGUAUUUACCUUGCCAGUUUCCCACUUCUAAGUAUGUGACUCAUGUAGUCUACCCUGUUAAUUGUGUGGGUCUUUCACAUAGAGUAUGCAUGGGGGGAAAUUCUCUCUGGAAUUUGAGCAGGUGCAGUAGUUGAGAACCUUUGUUCUUCGUUUGACUUAAUUUUUCUCUUUCACCUUGCUUUUUGCAGGGGGAAAAAGAGUAUGGUCCUCCUAGUUUUGGUCUAACAAGCUGUCAGUUAUCUUCAGUGAUAAGGUAAUAGAAUUCUAGUAAAGAAUUCAUUUUGCAAACUUGACAUAAAGGGAAAAAAUAAGGAUUAGGAUUUUCUGUACUCCUCUUUACACUCUUUUGUAUUUUGCUGUUCUUUGCUCAUCCUGCAUUCUGUCCAAAGAGAAGGAAGUAACUGGUUAAUCUUCCAGUUGUUACUGUAGGAGAGCGCACAAUUUCUGUGUGUUGUUUUUAUUUUUGGGGUGUUUUAAGUUAAACUCUUUGCAUUAAACCAGUUAGCUACAGACAUAUAAUUUGGCACAUUAUAGUGACCAGUGUAGAAAAAAAAAAUUUAAACCAAAUAUUAGUUCCCAGCCUGCAUUUUGUCAUUGCUUCUUAUUCAUUUUCCUGACCCAUUUUGCAUAAAUAGUUACCAGUAAGGCAGGCUACCUGGAACACAUAUAGCAGUGACUGAUUGAUAAAGUGAAAGAGACGGAAUGGGAGAUGCUUGCCUCUUAAGAAUGUAACAUUAUCCCAUGCAUCAUGAAAGCUGCACAAUUUUAAUCCUUGAUGUCAUCUUGUUGCAAGUUUUGAUUACUGGCAUGUAAUCCAAAAGAUCAAGAGUAACUUUCUCAACUUGUUUAAUGAGACAUACUUGUAAACUUGAUGUUGUACUGGGAGUAGAUUUUACCAGAAUAAAAUUAAAAUUUAUGGAGA